UAGGAGUCAGAGUCCACUUCUGAACUCCAGAACUUCACCUUUAACUCUGCAACGACGUGUUUUCAACAUUUAAGGAGCUCCGCGUUCUGCCUGGAUCAUUGAUUUAGUUAUUUGCAGGGUGCUGAAUGACCCUGGAAGUUUCCACCUGGGAGCGAGAUGGAGAAUAUCUCUCAUACACUGCCACCCUCGUCACCAUGUCUUUCCACUUUUGAGGGGUCCCUACCUUUCUCCUCCUCGCCGCAGCAGACCUGCUCAGAGGGCCGUGUUUCACUCCCACUUUCACCUAUUUCGUUCCCCCCGUCGCCGACCUCGCUUUCUCCAGCAACAGCAGAGUCAAUUCACUCUUCCUCGCCUCUGUCACACUGCACAGCCUCUCACUGCCUCGAAGGACGACUCACACAGUGCCUCAGCCCGGCGAACAUAUCUGACCAGGAUGACCUGACCUGCCUCAACUGGCUGCAUCAGAGGGGCAACCUGCUACCUCUGCAGUCCCUUCAUAAGAUGACACCACUGACUCAGCUAGAGUCCUCUGUGCCUCCCCGUCCCCUUCCUCCUGCCUCGUCCAAGCCACCGUACUCCUUCAGUAGUCUUAUUUUCAUGGCAAUAGAAGACUCGCCUGACAGGAGGCUUCCAGUGAAGGACAUCUACGAUUGGAUUGUGAAUAAUUUCCCCUUCUACCGGACAGCCUCUGGAGGCUGGAGGAACUCUGUCAGACACAACCUGUCCCUGAGCAAGAGCUUCCGUCGUAUUCAAAGGGACAAGAGCCAGUCAGUGGGUAAGGGAUCGCUGUGGUGUGUGUGUUCAGAGUAUCGGCCGGCGCUCCUCGAGGUGCUGAGGAAGACCCACAGUUAUCACAGCACCAACAUCAAUCUGUUAAACAAGCCUGCACUGUUGGAGGGAGCUGAAUUUGUGGUGCCUGCAGUGUGCGACUCUAUUGAGAUGUCAGAUCCUCUCUCUCAUGCCCUCUUCCUCUCCACACCGUCAUCCCAAAUCCUGACCAACGAUAACCCAACGUUCUCCGACAACCCACCGUGCCCUUUGACCCCAGAUCACGAGGAGCUUGUGACCAUGGAGUCGGUUGAAUACCAGCAGGGGGAGGUCAGUGAGGACAUGGAGAAGGACCCCCUGUCAGACAGCGGGUACAUCGAGCUACACUACUACCAGUCUCACCAGUACCAGUACCUGGUGCUGCCGGGUGACACAGAGUUGGACCUGGAGACCGUGGAGAUCCUUCAGCUCGAUGCCGAGGCCCAGGAGGCUGCCGGGUCACUGCUGGACCUGGCAGGCGGUGGAUAUUAAUGUUACAUCAACAUUUAACAAGCACAACCAAAAGAAAGCUUCAAUCCAUCGUAAGCACACGCUCCAACAAAGAAACAUAAAUAGGGAUUUAUGUUUAAAAGUCUUAAGUGAUAAUGGAUGGGGGGAUGCUGAUGUAAGUUGGCUGCUUCAUCCUGAGACGUUGACGCUGCCCUAAGGCUUGUUUUGUAGUUAGGUAAAUAAUAUAGCUCAAAUUUCUAAUGGACUAUUAAUAAUAUGGGUCAUAUUACUUAAUAUAUGUUCAGGCACUUUCAAUGCAAAAGCUGAAUUCACCACCAUACAAUACCAUACAAUGACUACAUGGACAAA